AUGCGUGGGUGCCAAUUUGUAGCUGUGUAUGGCAACAGGAUGUUCUUGAACGGUCGAAGUGGCAGGGACAGAUUUGACAGAUCAAUGUUUCAUCAUUAUCCGGACAACGAUCGUGCCAAUUGUGGCUUGCCGCCCUGGUCUAACAACAAGCGCCUGUGCGACAUGUAUGGUAUGCCAGAUCUCAACACCGAGUUGAAAGCAGUUCAGCUUCAGUUGGGGACCUAUCUUUUCGACUUGCUGGAGAUUGGAGUCACUAUGCUUCGUGUGGACGCGGCAAUGAACAUUUACCCAGAGUCGCUUGCCCGAGUAAUUCUGCCAUUUCCUUGGGAAUACGUGGUGCAGGAGUACUAUCCGGAUAUGAUUUAUGAUGCGGAAACAAGAGCAAAGGCUGUAUCCAUUGGUUCAGCCACUGACUUCACAUUUGGGGAACGUGUGGCAGAGACCCUGUUUGACAAGUUCACAGGAAGGUGGUCAAACAGGUCUGAGCACUUUGGCGAACUUUUGCAGCUUCAAUCGGACAGUUUCAGCGGAUGUUCCUAUCGCAUUUGCGAUUCGCCUUACCCGACUGAAAGGGCAUUGAUUUUCUUGGAUAAUCACGAUCAACAGCGUGAACGUUGGAAGCCUGAGGUUCCUGGGCAACCACCAGAAACGCCUGUUUGUUUCUGGGACGGUCGGGACAUUGGAAGUUGCCGGCCAGUUUACAAACAUGGGCAAAUUUAUGCACUUGCACAACUGUACAUGCUAGCUUGGCCCUAUGGGGAGCCACGAGCGUCAGUGCGGCUCAUGUCCUCCUACGGCUUUCAUUCCUUCGACGAGGGUCCGCCAGGGGUGAGUAAGGACUCCCUGCAUGAGCAGGCCACGACCCCCAUCGUUUGCAGGGACACGCCAACAGAAUCCCCGGUGACGAAUGUUUACGACCAGGACAAGGUCAAGCCUUGGGUUUGCGAGCAUAGAUGGAAAGGCGUGUCUGGAGCGAUUCGCUUCCGACAGUUUUCCAGUUCGGAGCAAGCCCACUCCUUCUGGGACGAUCGGGCUGGGCACAUUGCCUUCAGCCUCGGCAACGUCGGGUUUGCCGCUUUCAGCCGUGGGUACAACUCGUACACUGGCCAAGGAAGCAAUGAAAGCAUUUCACUUGCAGGCACUUGGCUGGCGUUGGGCUGUGGCAGGUUAUUGCAAUCUUGCUGA